AUGUCUGCUCAGUACAACAAGGCCCCAAGUGCUGGCGCCAAGGUUGAGCCCGGCUCCGACGUCCGUCCCACCCGAAGCGAAGCCACUGGCCCCGUCCUCACGGACUCCCUUGCAGCCGAGUCCGCCAGCAAAGGCGGCGAAUUCGCCUCCAACGGCGAUAUCGGCGCAAGCGCCACCACCGGUUCUUUCCGAACCGUCACCAGCUCUACUCCCGUGUCUGGCGCCGCACCGGUCUCCGAUCAGGCCGCCGAAGCGCCGACAUAUGUGAACAACCAAUACGUCCGCGAUCAUAACGGGCCUCAUGGAAGGGGCAUUACCGAGGGCUUCGACACGGACAACACAAAGAAUGGCAUGCAGGCUGCAUUUAACGCCGAGGUCGGCAGCAAGAAUGAUCCUGGCCGGGUAGCGGAGCAGGGGCUUCUGCAGAGCCAGACGAAGGCUGGGCGCGAUGCUGGGCCUCGACAGACCAAGGUUGGUGGGCAGACUGUGUACGAGAGGUUGAAGAGCGAUGUUCAGGCGUAG